AUGAAUUCUGUUAAUGGAACAUCGACCGAGACUAAUCUGUAUAACUAUAUUUUCGCCGAUGAGAUUUACAGACUCCUGGCAUUCACCAUCGGAUCCAUCGGUGUCCUGGGCUUCUGUAACAACAUCAUCAUCAUUAUUCUUUACUACAGAUUCAAGAGACUCCGAACACCAACUAAUUUAUUAAUAGUGAAUAUAAGUGUAAGUGAUCUGCUGGUGUCUGUUAUUGGGAUUAACUUCACCUUCGUCUCGUGCGUAAAGAGAGGAUGGAUCUUUAAUUCAGCCACAUGCGUUUGGGAUGGAUUCAGCAACAGUUUAUUCGGAAUCGUGUCCAUCAUGACUCUCUCUGGCCUGGCUUAUGAGCGCUACAUCCGUGUGGUUCAUGCCAAGGUCAUCGACUUCCCCUGGGCCUGGAGGGCCAUUGCACACAUCUGGAUGUACUCUCUGGCCUGGACUGGUGCUCCUCUCCUGGGGUGGAACCGCUACACGCUGGAGGUGCACCAGUUAGGCUGCUCUCUCGACUGGGCUUCCAAAAAUCCCAAUGAUGCCGCCUUUAUUCUCUUCUUCCUGCUUGGAUGCUUCUUUGUCCCUGUGGGUGUCAUGGCCUAUUGUUAUGGGAACAUCUUGUACACAGUGAGAAUGCUGCGCUCUAUCCAGGAUCUGCAGACAGUCCAGACAAUUAAAAUUCUGCGGUAUGAGAAGAAAGUGGCUGUAAUGUUCCUGAUGAUGAUCGCCUGUUUCCUGGUGUGCUGGACGCCCUAUGCUGUGGUCUCUAUGCUGGAGGCUUUCGGCAGGAAGAGCAUUAUCUCCCCCACAGUCGCCAUCAUUCCCUCUUUAUUCGCCAAAUCCAGCACCGCCUAUAACCCCGUCAUCUACGCCUUCAUGAGCCGAAAGUUUCGCAGGUGCAUGUUGCAGCUGCUGUGUUCCCGCCUCCCCAAUCUACAGCACAGCAUUAAGGACCGCCCCCUGGCACGCAUCGAACAUCCUGUACGCCCCAUUGUGAUGUCACAGGGCCGAUCUAACCGACCCAAAAAGAGGGUGACCUUCUGCUCUUCCUCUAUCGUAUUCAUCAUCGCUAGCAAUGACACUCAUCCUCUGGACAUCACCUCCAAAUGCACUGACGUACCAGAAAUCAAUGUCAUUCAAGUCAGGCCACUUUGACACUUCAUCUUGCCGGGAUGACAUUUAAGAACGAAGUUGAAGUUUGCAAAAAUCACACACCAAAUCCAGAUGUCCAUGAUACUGCCAUGUCCCUUUUCUAUCCUCAUAUAAUGUAUGUUCAAAUUUCUUUAAACUGACGUUUGUGACUUUUCUGCUACUUGUGUAUGUUAUAUUGAUUGACAAUGUAAUUUGGAACCAUCGUAGGUCCCACAUUAAGCUAUUAUUGAUCAAUUGUGUAAGUUCUGUCUUUUCUGACACUGAAACUUCAACCUCCACCCAGU